GACCCCAAACAACCAAGAAACUUCGGACCACUCACCCAAAGAUAAAAAUGGGAUUUUCUUGCCCUAAUUAAUAUUUGGCAUUUACCCCAAUUUCCAGCCGAGUGUUCCAAAUUGAAAUGUGAUCGCUACUGAUCGUGAUCGUACUGGCUGCUCCCACGCCUCGUUUCCCGUUUCUCGUACUGUAUUUUAGUAAUAUCGGAAUCGGAAAUUCACCAUGAAGUAUCGUUAUGCAAUGGUUUGCUCAUCCAACCAAAAUCGAAGCAUGGAGGCUCACUCUAUACUAAAAAACAAGGGCUUCAACGUUUCAUCCUAUGGGACUGGGGCUCACGUGAAGCUUCCUGGACCUUCUCUCCGGGAGCCCAAUGUAUACGAUUUCGGUACCCCCUACAAGCACAUGUUCGAUGAUCUCCGUCGAAAAGAUCCUGAACUAUACAAACGUAACGGCAUUCUGCCCAUGCUUAAAAGAAAUGCAGCUGUCAAAACGGCUCCUCAACGUUGGCAAGAUAAUGCAGCAGACGGUUCCUUUGACGUGGUAUUUACUUUUGAAGAAAAGGUCUUUGAUAUGGUUAUUGAAGAUUUGAACACCCGUGAUCAUGCACUGAUGAAAACUGUACUGAUUGUUAAUUUGGAGGUAAAAGAUAACCACGAGGAGGCAGCUAUAGGAGCACGGCUUAUUUUUGAUCUUUGCCAGGAGCUUGAACGAACUGAAUCAUGGGAAGAUUCUAUAGAUGACAUCGUGAUUACCUUCGAGAAACAACAAAGAAGAAAACUGUUGUAUAGCAUUUCCUUUUACUGAAGACAGUAAGAUACUCGGAGUACACGGAGUUUGAGUACAUGGAGUUUGCAUACAUCGACUCUUUGCUAUUCGAAUGUGAUUUUAUGAAAAAUUUGAGCAAGUCUUUUUAGUACUCUAUUUUUUUUUAGUUGAUUUGAAUUUAAACUUUUAGGAAAGAAUACAUGUUAAUUACUAUUGAGUUAUAUUCACUUUGAUAUAUUUUUUUGCUUC